CGGUCGAACAUACGCACGCUCGCUACGUGUCGAAUAGGACAAGCAGAGGAGAAAUCGCCGUUUUAAAACUCGUACAAUGUGACACAUGUGAUUUGGAUUAACACGGAUUAAAAUCUCGAGGUCACACAAAUAUCAACCCUGGCACCAAUAAUGAAGAAGCCGGGAGCUGGCUCCAGCAAGAGCGGGCUGGGGUCCAUCGGCAAAAGUGGACUUGGUGGUGGGAAGAGCGGAGUCACUUCAGGCAAGGGCAGUGUAAUGGGCUCUUCUAGCAAAACUGGGAGUUCCACCGCCAACAGUCUUACUUCUUCUAAAAGCUCCUAUAGUCCUACAAGUAAGAGCAGCGGAACAAUAUCGAAAAGCGCUAGCCCUAAAACAUCGAAAACAUUCGAUUUCUCACCAAGUAAAUCAAAGCCCCUCAUCCCGUCAUCACCUAAAAGCUACCCGUCGUCUUCUUCGUAUAACGUAUACGGAACACCUAAAAGCGGAAAAUCGACCUUUGGCAUUAUAUGGAUUCCAACCGGCAAACGAAACAAAAAGAAGGACAUUGUCCUCAACUACAAUAAUGACGAUCGACGACGCGAGAGAUCGCCCUCUUUUUACAAACUCAUGUCUGGUGAUUCUCAUGACACAACUCACAAGAAGACAGAUGAUGAGACGGGCCUAUUAGUUGGUCCGGAUCGCAAGUUACCCACAGCCGCACUAGCUGCUACAGAAACGGCGGCGGCAGCGAAUAUUACAGCUUCCAACUUGGAUGAGAAACAGUAUCUAAUAAAACAAGACAAUGAUGAAACUAAAGAGGCAGCUGGUGAUGGAAAGGACAAUGAAGACACUGAUGGCGAUAAAGAUUAUUUAAGCAAUGAGGAACCCGUAAGACAUAAAUUGCCAGACACCUCUGAACCUGACAGUGUGUACCUCCGGCCCCCACCUCCGCACAAAGCUCGCUCGACCACCUCUACACCUGAAGACGACAGCUGCGGCAUUAAGUGUCUGUAUUAUACUCUGCAAUGCUGUGAUUGUGUUCUUAUGUAAGCUGCCAUGCAUUUUAGAGGUAGGUGUAUUUUUUAAGGCCUGGAGCCAAUAGGAAUGCCAGUGUUUGCAAUUGUCAUUGAAAUUUUUUAAUAUUCUCAAAUAAAUGAGUAAUUUAUACAUAAAUAUAGCUGGAGCAAUC